CACGACUGAAAAGAGCUGUCAGACUAGUCUAGAUUUAAAAGAACAUGCACCUAGAAGUAACGAUAAGAUAUUUUAAACUUGAUCAAAUGGCAGAUUAAGCUGCCAAUUAAGUUUUCUGCCACUUAUAUGAAGGCUUUGAUUUUGUGAUCAGAAAGUGGAAGUUUAGGUAUAGCAUCCCCAAACUAGCUAAAAGAAUGGAAGUAGGAAGAAGCAGCAGCAGGAAGCCUUACUUGGUUGUUAUUCUGAUACAAACAAUAUAUGCAGGCAUGUUCUUGCUCUCCAAGGCUGCAUUCAAUGGCGGCAUGAACACUUUCGUAUUUGUUUUUUAUAGACAGGCUGCUGCAACUCUCUUUCUAGUUCCUCUUGCUCUUUUUCUCGAAUGGAAAACUGCGCCACCGCUGUCUUUCAUGACCUUCUGCAAGAUCUUUCUUCUUUCAUUUUUUGGGAUUACUUUAAGCUUGGACAUCUAUGGCGUCGCCCUUGUUUAUACCUCAGCGACUUUGGCUGCUGCAAUCACAAACUGCCUUCCCGUCAUAACUUUCCUCUUGGCACUUCUACUCAGGAUGGAAGUAUUGAAGCCAAGGACAACCUCAGGUUUGGCUAAGCUUGUAGGCAUGCUAUUUUGCACGGCAGGGGCGGUGACCCUUGCCGUAUACAAAGGUCCCCAUUUCAAUCUCCUGGGGCAUCAUAAUCUCUUACAUCACCAUAAUAUCGAAGAACAUGAAGGCCAUGUUCCUUCUGGCAAAACAUGGAUAAAGGGUUGCUUCCUCAUGCUGAUGUCCAACACCUUUUGGGCCUUGUGGCUUGUUUUGCAGGCACGAGUUAUGAAAAGCUACCCCUCAAAGCUUCUCUUUACUACUCUACAAUGCUUUCUAAGUUCAAUCCAGACGUUUGUCAUUGCCAUCGCUGUUGAGAGAAACCCCUAUGAAUGGAAGCUCGGAUGGAAUCUCAAACUUGUUGCCAUAGCUUACUGCGGAAUUGUGGUGACCGGCAUUACUUACCAUUUACAAGCAUGGGUAAUGGAGAAGAAGGAUCCGGUUUUCUUGGCUAUGUCCACACCAUUGGCUUUGGUCAUCACACUCUUUGCUUCUGCAAUUCUCCUGGGAGAAAUCAUUAGUCUGGGAAGUAUCUUGGGAGGGCUCUUAUUGGUUGGAGGGCUUUAUAAUGUUUUAUGGGGGAAGAGCAGAGAGCAGAGUAUAGUUGAUGAAAGUUGCUUAAGAGCUGAAGUUGUCAAAGACUCUUCAAAACUGAAAGAAACAGAGGAGGACUUUGUUUCUGUAGCGUAAUAUAUCAUGUUUUGAAAUCAUAUAUAUCAUUGAUAUUAUUAGUGAUAUAUGCAUUUACCUCAACUAGCUUAUCAUCAAUGAAGAUGUAAACUAUGAUCUGUUGAGUAGUUCAAACUACAUACACCGUAGUGAAUUUGAGAGAGAUUGAAGUCCAGUUCAA